AUGGAGCAGGCUCUAGAACGAGCUUUGGAUCGUGCGGAGUAUAUCAUUGCAAGUGCCCGACAGAGACCUCCGGAAAGGAAAUACCCAUCUAAUGGGGAGAAGUCUCUCUAUGAAAAACUUUAUGACAUUUAUGUUGAAGAAUGUGAAAAAGAGCCUGAGGUUACGGAGGAAUUAACAAGCAACGUGAACCUGUUAGAGAAGCUUCUUAGGAGAGAGUCGUUGCCGUGUUUGGUGGUCAACCUGUACCCAGGAAAGGAGGGCUAUUCGCUGAUGCUCAAGGGGGAAAAUGGAUCAUCUUCGGAGAUCAUGCGACUGCCCUAUGAAGAAGGGGAAUUGCUCGAAUACUUGGAUGCAGAAGAAUUACCUCCUGUUUUAGUGGGUCUCCUGGAAAAGUCUCAGGUUAACGUUUUUCAUCACGGGUGUGUGAUAGCAGAAAUACGGGACUACAGGCAGUCCAGCGACAGGGAAGCUCCCCAUUACCAAAGCAGGCAUAUUCUCUUACGUCCCACGAUGCAGACUUUAGCCUGGGAUGUAGAGGCCAUAGCCAGCGAUAACCAGAAUUGGACCCAGGAGGACAAACUUUUGCUUGAGAGCCAACUGAUCUUAGCUACGGCUGAACCACUGUGUCUAGACCCUUCUGUAUCAGUAGCGUGCACUGCAAACAGACUGCUCUAUAACAAACAAAACAUGAACACUCUUCCCAUGAAAAGGAACUUCAAGAGGUACUCUAUGACCUCUCUGAAUCGGCAGCAGGAGCUGUCUCGUCCACCUUCUCCUGAGCUAAGAGCCCUGACUUCCUGCAAAAGAAUAAGAGAAAGUAAAACAGGUGGGAAUUACGGCCUCAAAACUUUUAAAGCAGGAAGUUGUGUAGAUAUGUGGAAACAGAGACGCUGUGACUUGGCCGUACCUUCUCAAGUGGACGUGGAGAAAUAUGCUAAAGGGAAGAAGUCUGUCGGAUGUGAUGACUCACAACCAACAGUCUGGCCAGUGCAUGAGGUACAAGGUGGUCUUGCAUUUGGAGGUGACGCUGGCUACCAGUCCCAGGCAACAAGGCUGACCGUCAGGCAGCUGACUGAUAAUUCACUUGCCUCUGGAAAAGGGUCCGGUACAGAAGCCACGUGGGAGAGACAGCUGUCUCCCCCCCACUCCUUCGCAGAUGACUAUCCCUGCAGUUUCCCGCCCGGGGCAAAGUCUGAUGCUGGGAGAGUGGUCAGUCGGCCCGAGGAGUCGGUCCAGGAGAGCACCCAGUGUCCAGUGCAGAUGUCACACAGCUCCAGUGGCUCAGCCGGUCUCAGGCAACCUUCUCCAGGGAAAGAACCAGAACAGCCUAAGACUGGGUGGGUUCAGUCUUCAGUGCCCAACAGAGGAGCCACACAUCCACCUCCACCCAUGCGACUUCCUUGGCACUCAGGAAGGAGCUCCUGGGGUGAGAGUCUCACUUCACAGCAGGCAGGCAGCUCUCAGGCAUCCGGGCCACCUGGCCGCAGGAGCUCUGCCGCCGCCGCCGCCGCCGCCGCCGCCGCCGCCGCAGCCUCCUCCUCCUCCUCCUCCAGAGAAAAACGCUUCGGAUCUCAGACCGUUUCCUGUGGUGCAGCUGCCCCGCGGUUCGCUCCUGUGCAGCAGCCAGCAGCCGGCCCCGCAGCCGCGCCUCCCCCAGCUGCUUCCCCUGCAGUGGCCCUGCGCCCCGCCUCCUCGGCUGCCGGCGUCCCAAGGACUGGGGGCACAGGGUCCGGGGGCACAGGUUCCGGGGGCACAGGGUCUGGGGGUACAGGAUCCGGGGGCACAGGCUUCAGGUUCACAGGGCGCCGCCGUUCCCAACACGGUCGUGCGUGCCGAGGAAGCCGUGGUUGUUCACCUCGGUGCAGAGGACGGCUUCCAGCCGCCGCAGGUGCUCGUGUUGUCCCCGCCGGGCUCUGGCCUGAGCAGCCCCGGGCUGAGUCCCCCGCAGCAGACGGGCUGGGCGGCCCCGCGGCCGCAGUUGCAGUUCAGCGUGCACGUGCGCCGCCGCGCCGCCGCGCCUUGCCCUCGGGGCCCGCAGCCCAGCAGCCAGGCCGCGGGGACCGCGGAUAG